AGAAAGACGUUUCGAAACUGGUUAAGAGUACCCAAGCAAGUUGAUAUCGAUCAUAAAUUCACAUUGUACUAGGAAACAAAAAUAAACAACCUUUGAGAAAGCUCUGAUCUUCUACCGGAUUUUCAAAUUUCCCCCGCUAAAAAUUAAAUGGAGUCUGAAGGGCACCGGAAUUCUUCGAACCCAUCUGUAGUUUUGGCUUCCCUUUUGAGUAAAAGAGCUAAGAUUCAUGAAGAACUCAGAAACAUCGAAAAACAGGUCUUUGACAUGGAGACGACUUAUUUACAGGACCCAAGCCAAUGUGGAAAUGUAUUGAAAGGUUAUGAUGGGUUCUUAUCUACAUCAAAGAGCACUACAUUAUUGAAGAGAUCUAGGAAGUUUCAACCGGAAGACAGACUAUUUUCCUUAUCUUCAAUCACCUCACCAGCGGCAGAAGAUCAGGCACUUGGAAGAGAAGAUGCGAGAUUGGAAUCUGGUCCAGGUCGAUACAGGGGAAUUGGUGUUUUCGGAAAUGGACAGGGCAAACCGAAGAAGGGAAGAGGCGCUAGAGAAGGGAAGAGAAUCAAACAUAACGAUCAGGAUUUCGAUUAUGAUGACGAAGCUGAAAUGUAGCUGUCCAUUACUAUAAGGAAGUUCUGCUAGCUGGUGUUUUCAGGCACUAUUUAGCAUACUUCUGUAGCAGAUGUUCUGAAAGAGAAUCAAACAAGGAUCUAUUUAUCUAACAUUGAUGCUUCAGAAUACAGCAGCCAAAUAUAAGUUACAUUUUUUUUUUCUGGGGUUUGGUAGGGAUGGGUGAGUACAGUUUCUGAUGUACAUGUUAAUCAGGGAAAUCGAUGUUUUUUUUACUGGUAAAGAAAGUUUGAGUUCUUAAUUUUACUGGUAAAGAAAGUUUGAGUUCUUAAUUUUACUGGUAAAGAAAGUUUGAGUUCUUAGUUUUACUGGUAAAGAAAGUCUGAGUUCUUAGUUUUACUGGUAAAGAAAGUUUGAGUUGUUAGUUUUUA